AAUACACUAAUUUACUGGAACCUCCAGUUCGCGGCCUCUCUCCCUCUCUGGUUGACAUAAAGAAGGCUAAAACAGUGAGAAUCAUCUACUGGAAACAAGUAUUUGAGCAAUGGCUGAGCAAGGAGAAUGCGAAAGAUCAAAGAGACAAAAAGGGGAAGAAGUGAAGGAAGGAAUAGCAUCGAUAGCAUUGUUGCCAUGUGGCUCCAUUUCAGGCCACUUCGUUCAUCUUCCUCACUCCAUCUGCUACGGUCUUCAUGGAACCGAGUUAGCUUGUGAAAGGGAAUGCAGCAGGGGCGAGGAUUACCGACUGAUCAAGCUCACCAUCAUAGACUACCAUACUAAGAAAGAACAGGAAGUUGUAGUGGAAUGCAAAGGCCAUGAUGCCGCAACGUUAAACGACAUUGAUCAUGCUCAUGGCUGGGAGAAAGACAUUGUGGGCUUGGUUGAACAGAAACAAGGGGAGAAAAAGAUUUCUGUUUUCUUCGAGUGUGAAACACUGAAAUCCGAGAAAGCAGCAGAAGAACAUAUCAGGAAGUUCAUGCCCAAAUUAGCUGGACUAGAUGCUGUAGUUAACGUUGGACGGAUGAGCAUUUCAGGGCUGGAUUUUGAAGAAGAUACGGAUUGAAAGCUAGAGAUUGUUGUCUGCUUUAGACAUUGUUUGUUGUGCUGCUUGUUUAUAUCCACAUUAACAAUCUGAUGCUUACUGAUAAUUGAGGUUUCUGAAUUCACUUAUAUUCUUAUU